AUGCUCCACCGGCGGCACCCCCUCGCCGCCCUGCUCCGCCUCUUCUCCACCACCUGCCGCCGCCGCUCCCGCCUUCCCUCGCAGCCGCAUCUCCCGAACACCGACACCCUCCCGCCGCUCCCUGUGGCGAAGAAGGUCCCCUUCACCGUGUCGACGCACGGGAGGUCGUGGAGCGACCCCUACCACUGGAUGCGCGACACCUCCGACCCCCACCUCGCCGCCCUCCUCGCCGCCGAGAACGCCUACGCAGACGCCUUCGUCUCCUCGGCCGGCGGAGGCGGCCUCCGCGCGCGCCUCGCUGCCGAGAUGCGCGCCCGGCUGCCCCCUUCCGCCGUUUCCCCGCGUCAGCCCUGGGGCCCUUGGUCAUAUUACCAGUACGUGCCAAAUGGAAUGGAGUACCCAGUUUUGUCCAGAAAGUUAAGGCCCUCUGGUGGUUUAGCAGGACGUUUCCUUAGUUAUCUUUCUGACUGGGAGAAGGAAGAAGUGUUGCUUGACUGGAAUGAGAUCGCAGAGAAAUUUGGUUAUGUUCACAUUGGGAGUUGUCGAAUAUCUCCUGAUCAUAGGUUUCUUGCGUAUACUCUCGAUACAUCUGGGGGUGAACUGUUUUCACUGGAAGUGAAAGAUCUUCCGUCUAAGCAUGUCAUUUUUAGUUUGCCAGACAAGGGAAUUGUCAGUUUAGCAUGGACUCACGACAGUGAAAAUUUAUUUUAUACUGUCUGUGAUGAGACUCUACGUCCCAAUCAGGUUUUCUGUAAAAAGAUGCAGUCAGAUGAGGCCGGUUUCUUAGUUUUCAUGGAGGAUGAUGUAAACUGUUGCGUGGAUAUCACAAGCACAAAAGAUUUCAAAUAUAUCACUGUGAAUUCUAACACAAGGACAUCAUCUGAGGUUUAUGUGAUGGAAUCUGGUAAUGUAAGAGAAGGCUUAUGGCCUGUACAAAAACGCACCAACAAAGUGCAGUACUUUUUGGAGCAUCAUAAUGGGUUUUUCUAUAUUCUUACUAAUGCACCCUUGAAAGAUACUGAAACUGCAGUUGAAGGCUACUACCUGGCCAGGUGUAGAGCUGAAAAAUCACUGAUGGAUAAAUGGCAGGUUGUGGCACUCCCUGGGCCGGACUGCACAUUUCAGGAUAUGGAUAUUUUUCACGAACAUUUAGUUCUCUUUCUUCAAAAAGACGGGCUUCCUCUGUUUUGCUCCAUCGAUUUGCCAGUCCAGAUUGACUUUCAGGAGCCAAAGGAAUUUGGUGAUUUCGCUCCAUGGUUUUUCCCAAUACCUUCAAAUUUAUGUAGCAUUCUUCCUGGGCCCAACAAUGAUUUCAUGUCAUCUACUUUUCGUCUGGUGGUGUCAUCACCAGUGAUUCCAGACUUAACUGUGGAUUAUGACAUGAGAAAGAAGACAUUUACUAUCGUUGAUCAAGAGGAAGUGACUGGCCUUUGUUCAAGUCUAUACACAGUAGGACAAUCCAAUGUUUCAAGCAUCCAACAAAAUCUGCAGCUUAUUGAAGAUUAA